GCCCAGCCCGGGCGAGCGGCCGCCACCUGCCCGGUCCGCCUCCGCCCGCCCCGCCGCGGCCCAACUUGGAUGGAGUUGGGGUCCUGAGCGCCUGCACCCCGCAGCCCGCCAGCGCAGAGCCGCGCGCCGCCUCUUCGGCCCGAGACCCCCUCUCCGCUCCUCUCGCGAUGGGAAAAGUUGGCGCCAGUGGCGGCUCCCCAGCCCGGCUGAGCGUGCUCCUCGCCGGCGCGGGGCUCUUGAUCCUCUGCGCUCCAGGCGUCUGCGGUGGCAGAUCCUGCUACCCCCCCGCGCACCCCAGCUCGACCCCGCGCUCGGCACCGACUCCAGGGGACUUUCUUCACCAGAGGCAGCCAGGCAAGGCUCCUGACACUCCCCUACCCCUCAUAGUGCGCCCCCUAUUCGCAGUGGCCCCCGGGGACCGAGCACUGUCCCUAGAGCGGGCCCGGGGCACUGGGGCUUCCGUGGUGGCGGCCGCUGCCCGCUCCGGCCGGAGGAGACGCAGCGGAGCGGAUCCGGACAAGGCAGAACCGGGAGAGGGCACGAGUAGGAGCCCGCGGGGAAUGCUAAGGGAUGCGGGGCACAAGGAGCCUGGGACUCGCGAGCGGGACCCGGACAAAGCCACUCGCUUCCGGAUGGAGGAGCUGAAACUGACCAGCACCACGUUUGCGCUCACGGGAGACUCAGCACACAACCAAGCCAUGGUCCAUUGGUCUGGCCACAACAGCAGCGUGAUUCUCAUUUUGACAAAGCUCUAUGACUAUAACCUGGGGAGCAUCACAGAGAGCUCACUUUGGAGGUCAACUGAUUAUGGAACAACAUAUGAGAAGCUGAAUGAUAAAGUUGGUUUGAAAACAAUUUUGAGCUAUCUCUAUGUGUGUCCUACCAACAAGCGUAAGAUUAUGUUACUCACAGAUCCAGAGAUUGAAAGCAGUUUAUUGAUCAGCUCAGAUGAAGGGGCAACUUAUCAAAAGUACCGGCUGAACUUCUACAUCCAAAGCUUGCUUUUUCACCCCAAGCAAGAGGACUGGAUUCUGGCGUACAGUCAAGACCAAAAGUUAUACAGCUCUUCUGAAUUUGGUAGAAGGUGGCAGCUUAUCCAGGAAGGAGUUGUACCAAACAGGUUCUACUGGUCUGUGAUGGGGUCAAACAAGGAACCAGACCUUGUGCAUCUCGAGGCUAGAACUGUGGAUGGUCAUUCACAUUACCUAACUUGCCGAAUGCAGAACUGUACGGAGGCCAACAAAAAUAAACCUUUUCCAGGCCACAUUGACCCAGAUUCUUUGAUUGUCCAAGAUGAUUAUGUGUUUGUUCAGCUGACAUCAGGUGGACGACCACAUUACUACGUAUCCUACCGAAGGAAUGCAUUUGCCCAGAUGAAACUUCCGAAAUAUGCUUUGCCCAAGGACAUGCAUGUCAUCAGCACAGAUGAGAACCAAGUGUUCACAGCCGUCCAAGAAUGGAACCAGAACGACACAUACAACCUCUACAUCUCAGACACACGUGGUGUAUACUUCACCCUGGCCUUGGAGAAUGUCCAGAGCAGCAGAGGCCCUGAGGGCAAUGUCAUGAUUGACCUCUAUGAGGUAGCAGGGAUAAAGGGAAUGUUCUUGGCUAACAAGAAGAUUGACAACCAAGUGAAGACUUUUAUCACAUAUAACAAAGGCAGAGACUGGCGUUUACUGCAGGCACCAGACACAGAUCUGAGGGGGGACUCCGUGCACUGCUUGCUG